AUGCUUUUAUUUUGCUUGCUUUCGAGAGUGAAACAAUUUACCAGUAUUGACAAAGAAGAAAUCAAUAAACUUGUUGGCUACCAAUCAUUCUUUUCGAAUCCAACCAGUAAAUUGUGUCAUUCCGAUUCGAACGGAGUGAAAUACCACCAGUUACUAUAUGAAUUCCUUUCCUACAUCAAAAAUUCCUCAAUUUAUGACGCUGACUUUGCAAAACAUUUAGAAGCUUACAGACCGAAACCUUACGAUAAGAUUAACCAAAUGGAUUACACUGGAAUUAGGGCUCUUCUUACUAUGAUUUCGUUGGGUGAUACACUGUCUUCUCACCAAGACUACAUUUGCCAGCUAAUUGGCAAAGGGUAUAUUCCAAAGAUUCUACAGCGCCUAAAGGAGGUUAGUCAGUAA